ACACGUCUCUCUCAGGCUAUAAGUUGCAAGGACAUAAUCUUAUCACAUAUCGUCUCAAUUGCGACCUUUGUAAGAGAGAAACCAGAAAUGGCUGCAGAAGUUGUGAGCUCAAGUAAUGGUCAUGUAUGCUGCAACAAGGGACCUGGUUAUGCCUCCCCACUUGAGGCUAUGGCUGGUCCUAGGGAGUCUCUGAUCUAUGUCACUUGUAUCUACACUGGAACGGGAAGAGGAAAGCCUGAUUAUCUAGCUACAGUGGACGUCGAUCCAAACUCACCCACUUAUUCAAAAGUGAUCAGUAGGCUACCUGUGCCAUAUCUAGGAGAUGAACUGCAUCAUUCAGGGUGGAAUGCUUGUAGUUCUUGCCAUGGAGAACCAUCUGCAGAUAGGCGUUACCUAAUCCUGCCUUCAUUGGUAUCUGGUAACGUUUAUGUGGUUGACACUCAAAAAGAUCCAAAGGCUCCAUCGUUGCACAAAGUUGUUGAGGCAGCAGACAUUUUAGAGAAGACAGGAUUAGCCUACCCACACACUUCCCAUUGCCUUGCUUCUGGAGAUAUAAUGAUCUCCUGCCUAGGAGAUAAAGAUGGACAUGCAAAGGGAAGUGGGUUUCUUCUUCUCGACUCAGAAUUCAAUGUGAAAGGAAGGUGGGAGAAACCAGGGCAUAGUCCUCUGUUUGGUUAUGAUUUCUGGUACCAACCCCGACACAACACAAUGAUCAGCUCGUCAUGGGGAGCUCCUGCAGCCUUCACUAAAGGGUUUAAUCUUCAGCAUGUGUCAGAUGGUCUUUAUGGGAGGCAUUUGCAUGUCUAUAGCUGGCCAAAUGGUGAACUGAAACAAACAUUGGAUCUUGGUGACACAGGGCUCUUACCCUUGGAGACAAGGUUCCUGCAUGAUCCUUCUAAAGAUACAGGGUUUGUUGGGUGUGCUUUGACCAGUAACAUGGUGCGAUUUUUCAAGACCCCAGAUGGAUCUUGGAGCCAUGAGCUGGCUAUAUCAGUGAAACCCUUGAAGGUGAGAAACUGGAUUCUUCCAGAAAUGCCAGGCCUCAUAACUGAUUUUCUGAUUUCUCUUGAUGAUCGGUUUCUGUAUUUUGUCAAUUGGCUUCACGGAGAUGUCAGACAGUAUAACAUUGAGGAUGUCAAAAAUCCAGUCUUGACAGGCCACGUUUGGGUUGGUGGCUUGAUCCAGAAAGGAAGCCCUAUAGUUGUUGAGAAAGAAGAUGGUGACACUUGGCAGGCUGAUGUUCCUGAGAUCCAGGGUAAAAGAUUGAGAGGAGGACCUCAGAUGAUCCAGCUAAGUUUAGAUGGAAAGAGGCUCUAUGUCACCAACUCACUCUUUAGCACUUGGGAUCGUCAGUUUUAUCCUGAAAUCUUGGAGAAAGGAUCCCACAUGUUGCAGAUCGAUGUUGACAGUGAGCAAGGUGGUCUCAAAGUAAACCCAAACUUUUUCGUGGACUUUGCAGCUGAACCUGAUGGUCCUUCCCUUGCCCAUGAGAUGAGAUAUCCAGGUGGUGACUGCACUUCAGAUAUAUGGAUAUAGGUAUCCACCUGAACUAUUGUGGUGGCAAGGGGUUGCCUGAGAACAUAGUUUACGAAUAUGCAUGCAAUAAUCCAUUCAGUCCGUAUAUGUGGAUGAAUCUUGAAUGGACAUCUUCAGACUAAAUAUCAAAUAAGAAAAGUUUCUUAAUUCUCCUGUAAUUGUCAUCAACUUAGAACUAAUUGAAGCCUGCAAUUUCAGUUUCAGGAAAUGAAUAUGUACAUUUAGAAA